UGUCUUGUCUCGGUUUUCGGAUUUCGACGUCUGUUUUUUUUUUUUGCCCCCUUUUCUUCUCACUAGUCUCUGCUCUUCGCCAACUUCCAUCUUCUCCAACGCAGGAUCCCAAAAGAAAGAGGGACAAUCAGAGAGGAUUUGGCAGGGCUGCAGUAGAGAUGGCUGAUCAGACGGCGAGGGGGGAGGAGUUUGAGACGAAGGCGGAGAAAAAGCUCGCCGGUUGGGGGCUUUUCGGAUCCAAGUACGAGGACGCCGCCGAUUUGUACGAUAAGGCUGGGAAUUGCUUCAAGCUUGGGAAGAACUGGGACAAAGCUGGAGCAGUAUAUACCAAGUUAGCGAAUUGCCAUCUAAAGUUAGAAAGCAAGCAUGAAGCAGCAUCAGCUUAUGUGGAUGCAGCAAACUGCUUCAAGAAAAUUUCAGCUCAAGAAGCUGCUCAAUGUCUAAACCAGGCUGUAAACCUUUUCUUGGAUAUUGGUAGACUAAACAUGGCUGCAAGAUAUUACAAGGAACUUGGUGAGAUAUAUGAGCAGGAACAGCAGUUGGAGAAAGCUAUGGAUUAUCUUGAGCGAGCAGCUGAUCUUUUUCAGAGUGAGGAGGUGACGACUACGGCCAACCAGUGCAAGCAGAAAGUUGCUCAAUUUGCUGCUCAGCUGGAACAGUACCCAAAAGCAAUUGAGAUCUUUGAAGCGAUAGCAAGGCACUCGAUCAAUAAUAGUCUUUUGAAGUAUGGUGUCAAGGGAAUUCUUCUUAAUGCUGGUAUCUGUGAGAUUUGCAAAGUUGAUGUUGUUGCAAUAAAUAAUGCAUUAGAGCGAUAUCAGGAACUAGAUCCAACCUUUUCUGGCACACGUGAAUUCAAACUAUUAGCUGAUUUAGCUGCCUCAAUGGAUGAAGAAGAUGUUAUAAAGUUCACUGAAGCUAUAAAGGAAUUUGAUAGCAUGACUAGGCUGGAUCCAUGGAAAACAACCCUUCUUCUGAGGGCUAAAAGUGCUCUGAAAGCAAAGGAAGAAAACGAAGAUGAUCUUACAUGAGUUCAGUAAGUUGAUGGAAGUUUCAAUCAAUCCAUGUUUUCAAGGACUCCCUUUGCCUCUGUGUGCCUAUGAAUACACACUACCAAUCAGCUUUUGAUUAAUUGCAUUUCAUUUGGGAAAACUUCUUUGGAUUGCUGUGCAUAUUUUCCACUACUGUAUCUCCUUUUCUUCAAUUUUCUUCCCAUCUUACUAUAUAUAUUACAGAGUGCAUUUACAGAAGGAUUUAUUUAAUCGAUGUUUCGUUCAGACUUUAUUUUUUGGUGAUUGUAAAGUUAUGUUGCAUUAUCGUGUGGAAAAUGCUGUUUGAAGCUACUCUUCUGCUUUAUCUUCUGUAAUUAUUAGUUUGUACGCAAGUUGCAAGACAUGAUCGCUAUAUAACAUUGUUCUUCUA